UCCUGCAACCAGCUACUUCACUCUCUCUCUCUCUCUCUCUCUCUCUCUCUCUCUGCGAUGGAGCGGAGCAAGGUUCGUCGCGUGGUAUUGCUCCUGCUACUCGGCCAGCUCAUGUCUCUCUUCCUCGCAGCCACCAGCUUCACCUCCUCUCUCAUUGCCAGCUUCGGUGUGAACACACCGCUUACUCAGUCUCUCUUCACCUAUCUGUUGUUGGCUCUAGUAUUUGGUAGCAUCCUUCUGUAUCGACGGCAAAAGCUCCAGGUUCCUUGGUAUUGGUAUAUUGUCUUGGGCUGUAUCGAUGUUCAAGGGAAUUAUCUUGUCAUCAAGGCAUACCAAUUCUCAUCAAUUACUAGUGUGACGCUGCUGGACUGCUGGACCAUACCGUGGGUCAUAAUUCUCACAUGGAUAUUCAUAGGAACCCGAUAUUCGCUGUGGCAACUUUUGGGCGUGGUCAUUUCUGUGGUGGGCCUUGGUUUGGUGCUUCUCUCAGAUGCAGGGGUUUCUGGUGGAGGUGGGAAGAAACCUGUUCUGGGCGAUGUACUUGUUAUUGCAGGGACAUUUUUUUAUGCAUUUAGCAAUGUUGGAGAGGAAUACUGUGUUAAGAAGAAAGAUCGCGUUGAAGUGGUUGCAAUGCUUGGUGUUUCUGGAGUGCUAUUUAGCGUCAUUGAAAUAUUCCUAUUUGAGAGAAAGGAGCUCGAGUCGGUCAAGUGGUCUGCAACAAUUAUAUGUCUUUUCAUGGCCUUUGCAAUGUCAACGUUUCUGUUCUACACUACGCUUCCUUUCCUUCUAAAGAUGAGUGGGGCCGCAUUAUUCAAUCUCUCACUUCUCACGUCCGACAUGUGGGCAGUUGUCAUUCGCAUCUUUUUUUACCGGCAGCAGGUUGAUUGGUUAUACUAUCUUUCUUUCGUUACAGUUGCUCUUGGACUAAUCAUCUAUUCACUAUCCGAGCCACGGUCCGUUCUGGCAAUGGCACCCACCGAUGAAGAAGUGAGUAUCCAGUAUCAACCACUCAAUGAAGAGAAUGCAGAUUCUAGAAAUGAGGUCUUGGCUAACUGAAGAGGAAGGUAAGCCAUUGGAAUUCAGACGUUGAAGAUACUAAUCUAGAUUUAUUUUGGGAGCCCGAACCUUCGUGGACAGCUUCAAGUCACAUUAGUGAGAGAACCAACUGUUCAAAACGAGUACCCAGAUGCUUCCUUUCAGCCAGAAGUCAGACCUUGAGCUAAUAUUUGGUUUCGGUACAAAUGCUGGUGAUCUGAACUCUGCUGCGGUUCGUGAGCUUUGAGGUUCGUAGAAAUUAGUCUACCACGAUUGGAAAUUUACUACGGGAAGGAACUGUGAUAAUAAAUGUUAUACUGUGGGAUGGUUACCAUGGAAAUUAUUUGAAACAUGAGCGUCACUUAGCAAUAUCUGCUAUUUGUUGUCACUUUCCCCAACCCUCAAAAAAAUGAAAGUAGGCUAUUUCCUUGGUUUAUAA